UCGCCAGGGAGACGCGGCACGCGCGCUGCUUCUGGUUGCCCCUGGCAACGCGGCCUAACGCAGCAGCGGCGACAGCGCGACUCACGCUCCAAGCUCAACCUCCUUUAACGACUGUGCGUGCACGCGCCAAUAUGAGCCAGAGACAGGUUCUUCAAGUGUUUGAGCAGUACCAAAAAGCACGCACGCAGUUCGUGCAGACGGUGGCCGAGUUGGCAACAAGAUCCCACAACAUAGACACGCUGCAGAAUGCCGGGGUGAUGGCUCUGUUGCGGCCGCUGCUGCUGGACGCGGUACCCACGGUGCAGCAGACGGCGGCGCUCGCCCUGGGUCGUCUCGCAAACCACAGCGAUGACCUGGCGGAGGCCGUUGUGCGAGGCGACGUUCUGCCCCAGCUCAUCUACUCGCUGUCCGAGCAGAAUCGCUUCUACAAGAAGGCGGCCGCAUUUGUCCUGCGUGCCGUGGCGCGCCACUCAGGGGAGCUGGCGGGUGCCGUGGUGGAGUGCGGGGCACUGGACGCCCUCACUGCGUGCCUCGAGGAGUUUGAUCCUGGGGUCAAGGAGGCGGCCGCGUGGGCUCUCAGCUACAUCGCCAGGCACAAUGCUGAGCUGGCACAGGCGGUGGUGGACGCAGGCGCGGUGCCGCUGCUCGUGCUGUGCUUGCAGGAGCCCGAGCUGGCGCUUAAGCGAAUCGCUGCAUCCGCGCUCAGCGACGUGAGCAAGCACACGGCGGAGCUUGCACAGACUGUGGUGGACACGGGCGCCAUAGCUCACCUUGCCCAGAUGGUGCUCAACCCAGACGCCAAGCUCAAGCGCCAAGUGUUCUCGGCUCUGAGUCAGAUCGCCAAGCACUCGGUGGAGUUGGCCGAGCUGGUGGUGGAGGCAGACAUCUUCCCAGCGGCGCUCAGUGGCUUGCGCGACCCCGAUGAGUACGUGCGCAAGAACGUGGCCACGCUUGUGCGGGAGGUGGCCAAGCACAGCCCCGAGCUGUCUCAACUGCUCGUAAACAAUGGAGCACUGGCUGCCAUCGUGGACUACGUGGGCGACAGCAUGGGCAGCGUGCGCCUGCCUGGCAUCAUGGCGCUUGGCUACAUCUCAGCACACGGGGAGACGCUCGCUCUGACCGUCAUCACUGCCAAGGCGGUGCCCCAGCUGGCCCUCAUCCUGGUGGAAGAGAAAGAGGAUUACAUCCGCGCCACGACGGCGUGGGGACUCGGCCAGAUCGGACGCCACACGGCCGAGCACGCGCGCGCCGUUGCCAUGAGCAACGUGCUGCCCCAGCUGCUACAGCUCUACAUGUCGGCCGACAGCUCCGAAGACCUGCAAGCUAAGUCGAAGCGCGCACUAAAGAACAUCCUGCAGCGCUGCGUGCACUUGCCUGCGCUCGAGCCCAUGCUCUACACUGCACCCCCCAACAUCCUCAAGCACGUGCUGGGCCAAUUCAGCAAGGUCCUACCCCAUGACAGUAAGGCACGCAGGCUCUUUGUGACGAGUGGGAGUCUCAAGGUCGUGCAGGAGAUCAAGGCGGAGCCGGGUUCGGCACUCUACGAAUACAUCAACACCAUCAAUGCCUGCUACCCAGAGGAGGUCGUCAGGUACUAUUCACCUGGAUACACAGAGGCCCUGCUGGAGCGAGUGGAAAGUUACGAGCCACUGCAAUAGCUCAUGGAGAUGGCGUUCCCAGACACAGGCAAGGAGGGUAGGGAAGUGAUAGGUAGCCAUAGAUUGGAAUACAUAAUUAGUCGCAUCUUUUCAUUGUGCCGGUAUCCACUUGGAAAAAUAUACAUGCAGUCGAAGCUCAUCUGAGACAGUGGUUAUUAUGUUUAAGUGGCAUGUCACCACCCUCAAUCUAUAGUCACCAACAGUCUGCAAUAACUUAACAUCAUGCACAUGUACAGCUCUUUGUCAAUCCAUUGCUGGAUGAGAGCCGCCCCACACAGUACAGGUCAUGGUAACUAUUUAAUCAUACUUCAUCACGCUGGUCAGUGCGGUUUGGGGAAGGUGAGGUGCAUAGAUCUUGAUGUGUAGAACAGCAGUAGAGCAAUGGAUGUUGCUGCAUUGGCCUCUGCUACCCACGACGUUACCCUGUAGCCUACAUUCAUGGUGGUCGCCCAUCCAAGCUCAAAUCGUGCUUACCUUUCUGAGAUCUAAUGAGAUCAGCACAUUCCAGAUGAUGUUAUCAUAGGCAACGUAACAUGUUAUGUAAUAUAUGCAAUAAAAUAUAUGACUCACGCAAAUUCCUAGAACUGGUUAUAUUUUUUUACAGUCAUUCAAUGGAACUAGUCCAACAUUUAAUAACAAAAAAUAUAAUGUAGAAUGUGCACAUUUAGUCUAGCAUACCACUGGUAAAGAUGUUGAGAACAUUUUUAGAUUGGCCCUUCGCAGGAAUAAUAGUGCAAGAGUUGCAGAAACAGUUCAUGCUUGUGUGGUCAGGUGUGACAAAAUGUGCCCUUUGGGAAGACUGUUAUGUUUUUGUUAUUGCUGACCACGUCUUAAAGAAGUGGGUUGAUCAGUUCUUACAGUUCAUAAUUAAUGGUUAAUGACGGAAGAAAAAAAUAUUUAAGGUGUACUUAGGUUUCUUAGAAUUCUGGAUGUUUUAAAUACAGCAAUAACUAAUGUACAAAUAAAUAAUCGGUGAAUAAAAAGUAAUAAAAUACAGAAUUUGUUGCGAUGGCUCAUGAUGCACAUGCACAAAUAACUAAAAACUCCCCACAUUCGACAAUAACACUGUACCCUUAAAAAUAUAUAUAAAAGGUGACGUUUUGUGCAAAAGUUCUUCUUAAUCGCACAUGAAGACGAAUGUGUUUAGUUUGUUAAUUAAAAAUAUAUUUUAAUUGUCACUGAGAGAAAUGGGAUAUGUCAGUGAGUGUAAAAAAAUCUGGCAUAAUUUUUUUUAUUAACCUGUUAUUUUAUGUAUGAGUUUACUCACGCAACAAGUUGAUUACACAAUGUGCCAUUGAAAUGUCCUCGUGUUAAGUGUUAGUUAUAGUCUCAAAGAGCUAGACUAAGAUAUUGUUAGGAUUAUUAGAUGUACAUUUCACUGUACGGGGCUCAGAAACCUUAUAAAUCCUAGGGUUGAGUAUCAGUGUCUGAAGCUCCCAAGAUUCAACUGAUACUUUUAGGAUGUUUAAGUACUUGGUCAGUGUAUCAAUCUCAACAGUGGCACGUCAUGCCUCCAGCUUAAGGAGGCAACAAAUUCUGCCUUGGGUUUUCCUGUUUCAGGUUACGCGUGCAGGUGGGUUAAAUGAUCAUUGUAAAUCAACAUGUGAUAAUGCACCAGUGCUGGGCUCCUUCCAAAAUAUGACUCCUGGGAAGCUGCAUGGCCUGCAUGUACUGUUUGUUGGAGGAAGUACUGUUGAUGAAACCACUACCAGCGAAUUUGAGUCACUCAAUAAAUCCACCUGGACGUGUCACCUGUGACUGGAAAACCCAAGGUAACAUUGUUGCCUCCUCAACCUGGAGCCCAGAACCGCCGCUGAAGCUUUUUGGAUUUUAUGGAUCAUUUUAAAUUCUUGAGGCUCAGAGAACUAGGCAGCUUUUUCGAAGAAACUUAGACUUUUUAUCGUCUGAAACUUGGAGAGCUAGAUUAUGGAAAAGAUUAUAAGGGUUCAGUAUGAAUUAACCAUAAGGCUCUGACCACUAUACAGAAGAGUUGAAUGUAAUUACGUCUGAAAUUAAAAUACAAAGGAUACCCCUAUUUAAUGGAAACGCACAGAAGAGGAAAUCAAAAACUAUCAAACUCUUUACUAAGCGCACAGAUUGAUACGAGUUGACUCCCACAAAUCAUGAAUUGUACAAAAUCUAUACGAACAAAAAUCAAAGUGUUGAUUUUAACUCAGACACAAGUUUAUGAUUAACUCACUACCACAUGUGGGUGGAAAGCUACUCACCCAGAUUUACACAAUUUUAUCCCUAAAUCCACCCAAUAAUUUAUUCUAGGACAUAAAAUUACACUUUGAUGUGUUUUUGGCAGUUAAAGAUCCAUUGACAUUAUCCCUGUGUUUUAACCAGGUCUUAGUCAGGUCCUCCAUAGACUGUCAGUUGACCGUGUGAUAUUUAAAUAUAUACACGUGUAUUUUACCACUUUAAUGCACAUGCUGACUCACCCUCUACCCCCAGGUUGACUCAUGUAGCUACGUCAUAUCACAUUAACAUGUGUUGCUAGUGGUGAUGUAAUUUUCUGAGAAUGUAG